CUCUCCUCUCAAACAUAAGUGUAAGGGAUUGAUAAUACAUCUUUUUAACUCUAUGGUUUAUCAGAAUCGUUUAUUCACAUGUAUGAUGGGUAAUGCAUGCAAGUGAUCUCCCGGUGCCCCCUGCCAGAGUUAUAUUUAUUAUUUGUAUUUGGUCCAGCCUUGGCUCCUCAGGGAUCGGCAUCUUGAAGGAAGAGGAAGAAGUUUUAUGAAAGCAUCUACAAGGGACACAACAAUAUUAUUGCUGCAAAGCGUCUAUAUUUGAUUAUUUGAAUUAUUUUAUUUUAACUGAACUCGAAGAAUGGAUCUCGAUAAUCCCCAACCUGGAACGAGUGGGGUGAGCAAUUCUUCAACAUGUCCUUUUCUGGUCCCUAAACCACCUCCUGUUGCCAAAACUGUCGAUCAAGUAUCAGUUGAAUAUGACGUUGAUGAUGCCAGAAAAUUCCAUGUAUUGGAUGAGGUCGCACAUUCUGAUUCUGAAAAAUCGGAUUGCUAUGAUUCCGAUAUACCAGAUGAGGAAAUUGAAAAGAUGCUGGAAGAAGCAUUUGAAAAUAAUAAAAAGAGGAAAGCAGAUCAAGAGCCUGCAACAGAUGAAGGUAAUCCCUAUGUGGAAAAAGAUAAGGUGGUGCUGAUAGAGAAAGAACAAAAUCAUUUCGACAUAUUACCAGAAGGAUGGAUAAAGGUCUCUCAUAAUAGUGGUAUGCCCCUUUAUCUGCAUAAAGAUACUAGAGUAUGCACUCUAUCUAAACCUUAUUUCCUAGGCCGUGGAUCAGCUCGUAAUCAUGAGAUACCUCUCAGUGGCGUACCAUGUCUUAGCUACAGAAGAGCUCUUGAGAAAGAACAGGAAGUGGAACAAAUUCAAUGUGAGAAUAAUCAUUUACCAAAUGCCAAAAUCGAAACUGUCAAGGAAAAUAUUGCAUCUCAAAACCUGAGUCCCGAACAAUUAAGAGAAUAUUGCCAGUCUCUUUUCAAAUUCAAAACGAUACAGGUAAUGAGAUUCAAAUCUUGGUCAGAAAGAAGGAGGUUCACAAAGAAGAAAAAACAGGAAAAGCAUCUACAGAGGCCCAUGUUACCUGAUGGAACAAAACUCAUAUCAUUUCCCAUAGAAAAUACUGAUGGCAAUGAUACAAAUGCUCGUGGAACAAGAAAAGAAUGGAUAAUGAAUCCUAAUGGAAAAUCUUACAUAUGCAUUUUACAUGAAUAUGUUCAACAUGCUCUCAAAAUGCAGCCAACUUACAGAUUCACAGAGUUAGAAAAUGCUGCUACACCAUAUGCUGCAACUGUUUCUAUAAAUGAUAUGAAAUAUGGAGUUGGUUAUGGAACAAGUAAAAAGCAGGCCAAAUCAGAAGCAGCUAAAAAUACUCUUGAAAUUCUCAUUCCUGAAAUGCGCUCUAAAAUCACAGCCGACCCGAAAACAGGAUCCAGCACCAGUAAAGAUCCAGAUGAGGAUCUAUCAUUUUUUGAUGAGAUCAGAAUAGAGGAUCCUAGGGUGGCAGAGUUUUGUGCAAAAACAACAGAACCCUCACCACAUGACAUUCUUCUGACCUGUCUACAAAGAAAUUUUGGACUUAAUGAUUUGAAAAUCAGUUACCAAGGUAAGACGUCUAAAAAUAAAAAGAAUGAAUUCACAAUGACUGUAGGCAAGCAUACAGCCACUGUAACUUGCCAAAAUAAGAGAGAUGGGAAGCAAAGAGCAUCUCAGGCUAUACUACAGGCACUUCAUCCAAAUCUAAAAACUUGGGGAUCUUUCUUAAGACUUUAUGGUAAUAGGUCUGUGAAGAGUUUCAAAGUGAAAAAGCUUGAGGAACAAGAAAUAACACUUCUUCAGAGCAAAGCAGCAGUGAAUUCUCCAAAUUUUGCCAUAUUGGAUAAGUUGAAAUUGGAAUUAUCCAAAUUAAAACAGAAACGAAGUUCUAGAAAACCCAUUGGAAUAUUCAUACCAGAGAAGGGAGAAGUUCUGCCAAAGUUGUCAUCAACAAAUUUAAAAAAUGUUGAUUUAUGAUCUUCAUUUCACAUUGUUAUUCUGCAAGAUUGUUUUGAUUGCUUCCUUAUAGGAAUGAACUACAACAGAUCGCAGCAUGGCGCCAUACAAGCAAUUGUGAUAUUUGUAGCUACCAUCAAAGUUCAGACUGCUGUUAUUCUGAUCUCUACUUCUCAGUAAUAAAUAUGGAUUGGAACAUUGUGGUGAAAUAACCAACAUUAGUUAUGAUUAUAAUUGGGAAGUAAAAAAAUUUCACUUAUCUCAGUUCUGAAUCGAAUUAAAGAUUCAGAAAAAAACUAAACCAUUUUUAUCUCAAUCCACUAGGGUGUAUCCUUCUCAUGAUUUAGAAAUGACCGAUUUUAUCAAUAGUGACGUCAAAUUAAUUUGAUUUCUUGAUGUUAUGUUCAGUUGUGUUUAUAAAACAAUAUUGUAAGAAAAUUCGACCAUGAUAGAAUUUGAAGUGAAAUUUUUUUAAUGUAAUGUAAUGAAUCAUUAUUCUCUUUAUAGAGAAUAAUGUUUCAGUGAACUAGGACGUGUAUUUCGGAGGAGUUUGAAUGUGAACGUAAUGUGUACAAAUUAUUUGUGAAUAAUUACUUAAUAAUUAAAAUCGUAUGUUUAUGGAA